UGUUCUCUUUCAUUCCCCGCGAGAAAAAAAAAAAAAAUCAGAAAUCCACCACAAAACCCCCCCAAAUCCACCCCCAAUUCCUCCAUUUCUCAAUCCUUCUCAUCAUCUUCCCCAAAAUCCCUACCUUUUCCUCUCGAUUUCUCCAUUUUUCCAUCCAUUUGGGUUUCGAUUCAUCUCCUUUUCGUCCUCAUGCCCUAAUCCUUCAUCCUUAAUCCUUUUUUUUGGUUCCAAUUUGAGCUUUGUUGGCAAUGGCGGAGAGAUUGUGAUGGGUUUUGGAAAAGCUAGGGUUUGGUUUGCUUGUUAUCGAUGAAUCGAGAUGGAAGAUGCUAGAGAUGAGAGCAGGAUUGAGGGAAUGGAUCUGAAUCUCUAUCUUGGACUUCCUCGCUCUCCACGUCCUCUUGCCCUCGACCUUGGAUCCGACCUUGCCCUUGGCUCGAUCUCCGUUCCAUCAUCCUCUUCCUCAGUUGCUGUCUUUGCUGGAGAUCAGAACUCUACCAUGGAUAUUGGUGCAGCCGGCGCUGCCGCUGACGACUUGCCGGUGCCUUACUCCCCGUCGAACGCCUCCUAUGAUGUCAACCUCCCGUCCGUAGAUCCCUCCAUUGCUGAGCACCCGGUUGCUCCUUACUCGCCGUCUUAUAUCCCCAUUCCGCUGAUGGAUCCUUCGUAUUCCCCUUCCGAGGUUCAACCUUUGCAAUUCUCGCUGGAAGAACCACCCAAUGAGCAGAUGAACCAAGAUGGCGGAGCUUCUGCACCUGGCUUGGUUGAUGAAUCUCUCGUCCCUCUUGCUUCGACUUUGCAAGGCGACAAUGGAGAUGAGCAUUGGAACCAUGAGGAUGGGUCUUCGUCUCGGGGAGACUCACUGCAGUUUCCUGUGCUUCGGUUCCGGAGAUUGAUUGAAUCACACCAUAGGUUGCAGCUCAUGAGUUUCAACUCAUCAACCAAUGUAAGCAGUGGUGAAAGGUCUGAUCUUGGUUGGUCAUUGCCACCUCUUCCUCAACCUCCGAGAAGCAUGGGGAAGGACAAGGUGGUCGGGGAAGGCAUUGCGACGGAGGAUUCUGAUGAGGAUUUGGAGGAGAAGAGCAAGAGUGCUGCUGACUUUGAGUGCAAUAUAUGCUUUGAGAUGGCGAAGGAGCCGGUUGUUACUUCAUGUGGUCAUUUGUUCUGCUGGCCGUGUUUAUAUCAAUGGUUGUAUCUCCAUUCUGAGCAUAAAGAAUGCCCGGUAUGCAAAGGAGAAGUGCUGGAGUCUCACAUUACUCCUAUUUUCGGUAGAGGUAGCUCGGAAGCUAGGGAGGAGAUCAAGUGUGGAGAAGAUGGGAAGCCUGGUUUGAACAUACCUCCAAGGCCGCGGGGGAAUAGGGUUGAGAGCUUUAGGCAACAAAUGAGACCUAUUACUAGAACUAGAAGGCUUGGUGAGGUUUCAUGGAGACGCUUAUUUCAUGAUCGAUUGAUGCAUAAUGCGGAUGGAUUGGGAGAAGCAAGCGUGCAUGAAAUAUUUGGGAUUGGUCAACGUAGGAUUCUAGCGAGGUUGAGAGGGGGAAUGGUGCAUAGAGAAGAGGGGAGUGCUGAAAGAGAAUUGAAUGUUGGGGAAGCUUUAUUGCCUAGAAACAGCACACCUGACCCUCAAAAUAGUCACACUAAUUCACCAUUACGAGAUGGAAUGGGUCUGUGGCAGAGGUUCUCACUUGACCUUGGUAGGGUGGUUGAGAGACUAGCUAGUAGCACAAGCCGUUAUAGAGCAUCUGUAUCCUCUGCAAAUCCCCCAAAUACGGGGCCAGUUGAUGGUUUACCUCAUGUUGCAGUUGCCAUUGCUGCUGAUCAGGCAUCUCCCUCUAGCACCAUUGCAGUGAUACAAGGUGAUGUUGCUGCAAUUGAUGGUGCAGCAGAACCAAACAGCGCGGGAUCUUCUAGUUCCCUUAGAAGAAGGGGAAGGAGCAGCACUUCUGGCUCUUUGGAUGUGGAUGGUGGUUCACUUCAUGUGCGCAAGAGGAGAAGGCUGAAUUAAGAGUUCUGCCAAUUUAUGGUGCUACCCUGAUGUGUUUUCAAGCAAUGCUUCUUAUUAUGAAUCUUGAUGGAUGGUAAAAUGUUGAAGAGUAAGCUCAAGGAAACACAUUUUUAUGUGGUGCUUCAAAAUCCAUGGAAGGCUUGACCUUAGUGCAUCAAUAAGGUUGUUCAAUUGUGAUUUUGUUGUUGUUCUUGUUGUUGUUGUUGUUGUUGUUGGUUUUACUUGUACUGGAUAAAUCCUUGUUAGGCCAAGUUUUCAGCAUUAUAUAUUCUAGUAGUCAAAUGCAGUAUACUCAUGUUAAAUCUUGUAUUCUCAAACUGAUCUUAUCAGUGUUUAUGUCUUUGAUUAUCUUA